CAAUUCUUGGAUAUCAUAAACGCUCAUAAGAUCAUAAUUCACAACCCUCUCCUUCUUUACUAGGUGUUAAGUCUAAUUUCGUGCUAAAAGAUAUGGGAAAGCUAGCAAUCCAAUUGUUGUCUUUCCCAUUCUUUAUCUCUCUUCUGUUGCUUACCCUCCCAACAGGAUCUCUCCAAGUUGUGGAUGAAAAAGAGUUUGAUUAUGGUGAAAGGGGUCCUGAUCGAUGGGGAGAACUUGAUCCAGAAUGGAGCACAUGUAGUACUGGAUCGAUGCAGUCACCCAUUAAUUUGCAAGAUGAAAAAGCUGAAGAAGUUUCCUAUUUAGGGAAACUUAACAGAACUUAUAAGCCUUCCAAUGCCACUCUGAAGAAUAGUGGCCAUGAUAUGGAGUUGGAAUGGGAAAAUGGCGCAGGAACUUUAGAAAUAAAUGGAAUUGAAUAUGUUCUCAAACAGUGUCACUGGCACACGCCUUCUGAGCACACCAUCGAUAGCAGGAAUUUUUCUCUAGAGCUGCAUAUGGUUCAUGAGAGUCAAGAUGGAAAGAUUGCUGUGGUUGGGAUUUUGUACACAAUAGGAAGUCCAGACUCUUUCUUGUCAUCUCUCACAGAACAUUUAAGAUUGGUAGCUGGCCCCAAAGAAGCAGAGACAGUGGUGGGUAUUGUUAAUCCAAACUACAUCGAGACAGGCACAAAGUAUUAUAGAUACAUGGGAUCUCUUACAACUCCUCCUUGCACAGAAAAUGUCACCUGGACUGUUAUCAAAAAGGUAAGGACUGUCACCAUUGAACAAGUGGGAUUGCUUCGCGUAGCAGUUCAUUAUGAAUCUGGCACAAAUGCAAGACCAAUCCAACCAACAAAUGGACGCUUAGUGCAACUUUAUGAUCCAGAUGAAGAUGAAGAUGAACAUGAAGAUGAAGAUGAUUGAAAUCUUUGGUUUAUUCAAUUUACUUGUUAUUAAUAUUAAAUAAAAGGGGAGCUGUUCCCCUUGCCAUUAUUUCUUAAUUUCCUUCGUUCCUCAUUCUUGUUGGUUGUACUUGGUUAUAAUUCUGGAUUUCAUAAUAAUAAUAUUAAUAACAUUAAUAUUAAUACUAA